AUGUCACACUUCAUGGCUUUGGAGAUUUACAACCGGACGGAGAUUGUGACAUUCCGCACAGUCCCAAAGGCAUUGUCCGAAGCCCAAGACAGGACGCUGCAAGGCCUGAAUCGAGCAGUAGAUUACAAAGAGCUCAAAGGCAAAGACCCCACAGCAGCUGAAAUGGUGAAAAAGAUCGAACAGCUGGAGGUGAGGCUAGCCGAGCGUGAGCAACAGUUCCUGGAAAAGAAGCUCCUCGUAGGUCAAGUGAGCCGCCUGAUAUUGCCCCUGAGAGAGCACGUGGGCAACUGCAAAGAGGACCGACUCACGCAGGCUAAGAAGUUGAAUGAGAUGCGAGCCAAUAUCGUCGACACAAGCCACAAACUGAUGGCGACUUCAGCUCACCUGGCCUCGAGACAGGCUCUGGUUUUGAUUCUGCAGCAGGACAUCAAGGACAAAGAACUGCAGAUGGACAGAUGCCAGAGGCGGCUGGAGCAGGACCUUCCUCCCUGUCCCGAGAUGGAGGAAGAGUGGAGGAGGAUGCUGCGGGACAAGAGGAAGAGGCAGAGGGACAGGCAGGAGAGAGUGAGGUUGGCCCAAGAGGAUGAAUGGAAGCAGUUGCCCAACGGAGCGUUCACUACAGCCCCCAUCCGCCCAGACGCCUACAUCCCUCAGGGGUCAGACCUACCGGUACCCAAACCCUAUGGAGCCCUGGCCCCUUUCAAACCCAUGCCCUCAGGAGCCAACAUGAGACACAUCCGCAAACCAGCAGCACCCAAGCCUCUCCAGCUGUAA